CACCAUGGAUGCUUUUGAAAUAUAUCAACAGAAGUAUAAGCUGAAUGUGGAGCGAAUGAAAAGCAGGAAACUGCCUACACAGCUACCUUCUCAACAAUCAAAGCCACCAGGUGUAGCCAAGACUAGAACAGCGCUGCGCAACAUCACUAAUUCAGAUAUAAACAAAUUCAGAAAACUACCGAUCCAACCCAAACCACAACGAGCCACUACCAAAGAAAUUCUCAGCAAAUUCACCAAAUCUUUGCCUACCAAAGAACAACCAGGAACACUCCUGGUGAAAUCCAUUCAAGCGAAAUUCACAGUCAUAGAACAUCGAGGUUUCAAAGAUCAGUUUCAUGAAGUUGAUAAGGAAGUAGCAAAGGCUAGUCGAGUUGAUCUGGACGAUCCAAUUGUUCGCAGAUGCAUUUCUAAUAUGAAGACCAUUGCCGAUUGGUAUAAAACCCAUAAAGUACAAAAUGAAGUUCCCAAGGGGUUAGUAAAACCAGGAGUAGGUCAUGCUACUGUAAUUGAAAGCGGAAUAGUUACAAAUUUGAAGAAGAGUAUGUACACUCCACCACAAUUGAGAAAGUGUAUAGUUCCAACUCAUCGAAUAAUUGAGAUAUCUUCAGAUGAUAAAUUCAUGGCUGUUUCAAAAGUUGCCGACUUGCAGACUCAAGAAGAGAAAGUAGUACUAUUGAUGAAAGUAAAUACGUUAUUUGAAGUGAAACAAGGUGAUGAGAUAAGUUUAAACAAUAUUAAGUUUAAACAAUUGUUCAAUGGCGAGAGGUUGGAUGUGUACAUAGCUUGGGAAGUUUUUCGAUAAUUAUUUGGAAUUGAUAGAAUUUGAAUGCGCUGGUCGUAUUGUAUCACUUUCUAGCACGGUGAUAGAUAUUUGUCUGUUUUAUAGAAAUAUUUAUAGAAUGACGAUAAAAUGAGUAGUUGCU